AUGUCUUCCGGCACCGACCGAUCAGAAAGUGUGUCAUUGAAUGAGAGUGAUGUGCAAUGUUUGGGUGGUUCGUCAACAACAAAUCAAGUCAAAACUCCACAACUUGGGAUGCUUUUCUCAUUAGAAAAUGAACUGCGUGAUUUUUACAAGUCCUAUGCACAAGGUGUUGGUUUUGGAAUUUGCAAACAAAGUUCAAAAAAAGGAAAUGAUGGCCAACAAAGGUAUUUUUGCUUAGGAUGCUCUAAACAACGUAAGUCUAUUAGUAAAGGAAAAAAUACUUUUUAUCCUAGAACUUCUAGCAGAACAGAUUGUAAAGAACGAAUUAACAUCAUGGUUAAGAAUGUUGGUUUAUUUGAAAUUACAAGUAUGCAACUUGAACACAAUCAUCCAUUAAGUCCAAGGAAGUCAAGACACUUUAGGUGUAAUAAAGUUUUAGAUUCCGAAACGAAAAGAAAAUUAGAGUUGAAUGAUCAAGCAGGAAUUACAUUGAGUAAGAGUUUUAAAUCAUUUGUUGUUGAAGCUGGUGGUUUUGAAAACUUGUCAUUUGAUGAGAGAAAGUGUCGAAAAUAUGUGAUUGAGGCACGUCGAUUGAGACUUGGGAAUGGUGAUGGAGAAGCCUUGAAUAAUUAUUUUUCUCGUAUGCAAAAUAGAAAUUCAAAUUUCUCUUACAUGAUUGAUGUAGAUGAUGAUAGUCGAAUAAGAAAUAUAUUUUGGGCUGAUGCAAGAUGUAAGGCUACGUAUGAGUAUUUUUCAGAUGUUAUUACGUUUGAUACUACUUAUUUAACUAAUGCAUAUGACAUGCCUUUUGCACCAUUUGUUGGAACAAAUCAUCAUGGUGAAUCUGUGUUGCUUGGAUGUGGUUUGAUUUCGAAAGAAGAUUCACAAACUUUUAUUUGGUUAUUUAAAUCAUGGCUGACAUGCAUGGGAGGUCGAGCUCCACAAGGUAUUAUUACUGAUCAAUGUAAAGCCAUGAAAAUUGCCAUUCUUGAAGUAUUUCCGAACACUCAUCAUCGUUUAUGUCUUUGGCAUAUCAUGAAAAAAUUUCCAUCCAAGUUUAGUAGUCAUGCUAAAUACAAGUUGAUAAAGAAAAAUUUGAAGAAUGUUGUGUACAAUUCAUUGACGUCUGACGAAUGCGAGACUAACUGGAACAAAUUCAUUGAAGAAUUCAAUUUGGGGGGAAAUGAUUGGUUGAAUUCUUUAUAUGAAAUCCGUCAUAAGUGA